AUGGGUCGGGUCAUUCGCGCACAGAGGCGCUCGCACGCCAUCUUCAAGGCGCACACGCACCACAACAAGAACCCGGCCCAGUUCCGGCCGCUCGACUUUGCCGAGCGCAACGGCUACGUGCGCGGGAUUGUCAAGGAGAUUAUCCACGACGCCGGCCGCGGUGCGCCCCUCGCGCGCGUGGUCUUCCGCGACCCGUACCGGUACAAGCUCCGCAAGGAGACGUUCAUCGCGACGGAGGGCCUCCACACCGGCGCCUUUGUCUACGCCGGCAAGAAGGCGGCUCUCUCGAUCGGGAACGUGCUGCCGGUGUCGCAGUGCCCCGAGGGAACGAUCAUCUGCAACGUCGAGGAGAAGGUCGGCGACCGCGGCGCGCUCGCCCGCACGUCGGGCAACUACGCCACCGUCAUCGGCCACUCGCCCGACGAGAACAAGACCCGCGUCCGUCUGCCGUCCGGCGCGAAGAAGACGAUCUCCGGCUCGGCACGUGCCUCCAUCGGCAUCGUCGCCGGCGGUGGCCGUAUCGACAAGCCCCUGCUCAAGGCCGGCCGUGCGUUCCACAAAUUCAAGGCCAAGCGCUACAGCUGGCCCCGCACUCGUGGUGUUGCUAUGAACCCGGUUGACCAUCCCCACGGUGGUGGUAACCACCAGCACAUCGGUAAGGCCUCCACCAUCGCCCGCUCUGCCGUCCCCGGUCAGAAAGUCGGUCUCAUUGCCGCCCGCCGGACUGGUCUUCUCCGCGGUUCGGUCAAGGUCAAGGACGCGUAG